AUGACUUCUCACGGCCCGAAUGAGGAGUUCGUUUGUGAACGACGUCGUGAGUUGCUAAGCUCGCUACAGGACCUGCUUAGAAGAAUUCAGCCCCAGGGAAUUUCCUCUACUACCUGGGCUGGUCUGUGGCUGGCGGACAUCGAGAUACUCGAAGCUCUCCUUGACCCGAAUCAGCGGACAGAGCUUUUUAAGCUACUCGAUCAUCAGACUGAAAAUGUCGCUCUCCUAUGGCAACAGCUUGAUCCUUGGAAGUCCCGCUCCCCAUCACCGUCAGCACCGCAGUCCCCACUCGCCUCACCGCGCGGGAGUCCCAGCCAGUCAUCCCCGCUUCAUCGUUCGACCAUCGAGAGACAAGCAGGUUUACACCGUGACGUCCACGAAGAUGAGCAAGCCCCGCAGCCAACGUCGCAGCCAGCCACACCUCCAGCUAAACGCCAGCGCAGAGACUCCGAUCGAUCGUCAACAGCACGGAGGCAAUGUCUUUUUAGAGAUGAGAAUAGGUGCCUAAUUACAAAAUCUCUUGACCCCGUUGACGCGGCACAUAUAUUUCCGCACUCAUUGAGGAAUUCCUUCUCAAUAGACAAUAAUAAACACCGAUUUUGGGUUUUGCUACAAUUAUUCUGGACGGAGCGUCGUGUUAAUACCUGGAUGGCCGCCGCAUUCCCACGAGGCACUACCGAGGUAGUGGAGAACUUGCUGUGUUUUGCACCUACGAUCCAUAGGUGGCAUUCUAAGGGCUUGUUUGGGUUGCAGCCAGUUCGCCGGUCCGACGACGGCAAGGAAUUCACUGUCAAGUUCUACUGGCUGCCGUUGCGGAAACCAGCAGCUCAGGGUGUCGACCUGUUGACUGACCCUACCAUACCGGAGGAUCUCGUUGGCAUCGCCAAGGACUACAGGGCCUGGAACACUUUUACAGGCGAGGAGAUUGCGUCUGGGCGAGAGAUCGUCCUGACGACCAGAGACCCCGAAAACUUGCCACUACCCAGCUGGGACCUCCUGGACCUGCAUUGGACCCUGCAGCGCCUGGUUGCAUUAAGGGGGGCGGCGGAUGUCUUCGCUGAUACCGUUGAUGAUGACGAUAGCAGUGGUAUUAUGUGGGAAGACGAAGACGAAAAUGUCCGCCACCGUGAUAGCAUUGCAUCAUCGUCUGACCAGGAGAUCGAGCCGCUGUCUCUCUCUCCGCAAGCUCCAAAAGUCGUCAGUACGACAAGCAAUGUUAUAGAUGUCCCCGCAGACGAUCAGGCUCUCGCAUAG